AUGCCUCUCCCCUCAAUGGUCCGCCUCGGCCUCGGCCUCACCAUCGGCCUCUCCGCCGCAACAACCCUACACCUCCACCCACAGUCCCCCUUCCGCGCCGCACCGAUGCAAUGCCAGUACACCGCGUCGUCCUCCCGGCCCGACUCACAGACAAACCCGGACAACAGCUGGGCCAUACAUGCCAACGAUCCCAUCCUGCAGAAGCAGGGCCGCCCACAGACUACGAACCAGUCAUCUACAUUCAUGUCCGCGCGGACGAUGCGGCAAGUUAGUUUGGGGAGCGUGUUGGGGCUUGUGGCCGGUGUUGGAUUACGUGCGUUUUCGAAGGUGUUGGUUGUUGUUUUGGGGAUGGGGAUUGUCCUUGUUGAGUGGGCUGCCUCCAAGGGAUACAAUAUCCUCCCCAUCAACCGCUUGCAAAAGUACGUCAAGAAUGUCGACCUACGGCACGCGAUGUCGGCAAACCGGCCCUUUAAGAUGAGUUUCGGGACGGUGAUGGCGCUGGCUGCGUUUGCGCAGUUUUAG